AUGAGUUCAUUGUAUUAUGCGAAUGCUUUAUUUUCUAAAUAUCCAGCCGCAAGUUCGGUUUUCGCUCCAGGAGCCUUUCCCGAACAAACUUCUUGUGCCUUUGCUUCCAACCCCCAGCGCCCGGGCUAUGGAGCAGGUCCCGGCGCUCCGUUCUCCGCCUCGGUGCAGGGCCUGUACCCCGGCGGGGGGGGCAUGGCGGGCCAGAGCGCGGCCGGCGUCUACGCGGCCGGCUACGGGCUCGAACCGAGUUCCUUCAACAUGCACUGCGCGCCCUUUGAGCAGAACCUCUCCGGGGUGUGUCCGGGCGACCCCGCCAAGGCGGCUGGCGCCAAGGAGCAGAGGGACUCGGACUUGGCGGCCGAGAGUAACUUCCGGAUCUACCCCUGGAUGCGAAGCUCAGGAACUGACCGAAAGCGGGGCCGCCAGACCUACACGCGCUACCAGACCUUGGAGCUGGAGAAGGAGUUUCACUACAAUCGCUACCUGACCCGGCGACGGCGCAUUGAGAUUGCGCACGCACUCUGCCUCACCGAAAGACAGAUCAAGAUCUGGUUUCAGAACCGACGUAUGAAGUGGAAAAAGGAGAACAAAACCUCAGGCCCGGGCGUCACUGGCCAGGAUAAGGCUGAAGCAGAGGAGGAGGAAGAAGAGUGAGGGACGGGGAGAGCGAA